AAAACGGAGAGCGUGCGAGCCAAAAACAAACAGGAAAGGGUCAAUCGGUCUUGUGUUCAAGUCCAGCUUUGUGUUGUUUCUUUUUCUUUUUCUUUCCUAAUUCACAACGAAGACCCCAAAGAGCUGGAAAAAUGUCGCAGCGUCUUAAAGCAUCGACACUCCGGCGGCUCGUCAACGAGCUCAACAAACUGCAAACCACCCCGCCCGAAGGCAUCCACAUCACCGUCAACGAGGAUACUCUCACCGAGAUCAACGCGUGCAUUGACGGACCCACAGACACACCCUAUGAGGGCGGAAAGUUCCACGUCCGGCUAACCAUCGACGAGCGCUUUCCCGAAACACCGCCCAAAGGCAUUUUCAUGACCAAGAUCUUUCACCCAAAUAUUUCAGAACACGGUGAGAUUUGUGUGAGCACUUUGAAGAAGGACUGGCAGAAGCACUACGGUAUUGAACAUGUUUUGGUGACUGUAAAGUGCCUGUUGAUAUAUCCGAACCCAGAGUCGGCGUUGAACGAGGAGGCUGGGAAGCUGCUUUUGGAAAGGUACGAUGAGUACGCUAAGCAUGCGAGGUUGAUGACGGAGAUACAUGCGAUGAAAAGGGGUACCAGGGGCGCGGUUGCUACGGGAGCGGCAGCGGUGGAAAUUAAUAAGGGAUCGGGAAACUUGGAUUCGCCGGCGACUGGUCUGCAGAGUGUAUCGGCGCAGAUGAAAUUGCCACCAGUUGGAUCCAGAGAUACCAAAUCCAACGCUGCCGAUAGGAAACGGGAAAAGGACAACCGCCGGAUCAACUUGAAACGGCUAUGA